AUGACUCACUGCGUUGUUAGCAAAGAAAUCGAGCAUCUCAGCCUAAUUGAUGGCCGGUAUUUCGAAACGCUUCACCAUUCCGAAGAACAGGACAGAAAAAUUGAUAGCAUCGACAUCCAUGAAGCCUACAACGGGUCCACGUGGCUCAUCAGUAAUGACGAAGCGAACGAUAUUGCCCUUCUUCAUAUCCAGUCUAGCAACCCGUUCAAACUUACGGAUCUCGUUUUACCCAUCGAAUUACCCGGGAAGCAAAACUGGGAAACCCAAAGUACCUUAAUUCUCUCUGGGUGGGGUCUCCCACGACCGGGCAACCCACCAGGUCAAGGUGAUGGCCCAGAAUAUGUCAUCCUGGAUCCAAUUAGUGACGAAAAGUGUCAAUCGUUACAUCCCGAGAUGACGAUUCGCGAGACCAUGUUAUGA